ACACCACUUAGAGUGGGCUACCCAGUCCACCAGUACCCCUAAAUCCGCCAAGACUAUAGUAUGUCCCACUGGGAACGCCUUUUUUUCAUACUAUGGAAUUUACUGCAGGUUAUUUAUUUCUGAGUCGAUUGUUUUCUAAAUUGCACACACAAAAUGUUAUUGUUAUUAUUAUUAUUAUUAUUAUUAUUUCCAAAACACUACUACUUUUCUUUUUACGUCAAACUAAACUGAAAUUAUUUACAAAUAACUUUUUUUUUUGUAGGAGUAUGGAGCGGACUAUAGGGUCACAUUUAAAAAAAAAAAAAAAAAAAAAAAAAAAGAAAAGAAAAAAAUAUUUCCACUGGGUUCUUGCAUUGCUUUGUACAGAACAUUGAAAUACACCCCCGAUCCAAAGUUUUACAAAUGGACGAAAACUGGAUAAUUUCUGCACAUCAUAUUCAUGCAAACUAUUUAUAUUUAAUCCCAGUUCAUUAUAAAAGCUACGUUUGUGAUUUAACAUAUAAAAUCUAACUUGGAUUUUAAAUAUAAUAAUUUUGUUUACAAACAUAAAUGUGUAGAAAUACUGCGGUAGCCCACACUGUAGGGUUCUGCUGACCUUGACAUUGGUAAAACGCUAAAGCAAUAGUGAUCGGCAUUUGACUGAACUAUUAACAAACAUGGCAAAUUAUCAGCUUGGGGUAUCAUCUAACUAUAAUAUUUAAACGAAUCUAUAUUAUACUGAGGCCUUUUUGAAGUCAUACUUGAUCAAGAUCAUAAUUGUUUACGAAGUGACUGACGUGAUGGCUGGAGAUGACAGGCGGAUGAUGACAGCCGUUGUCGCACCUAUCGACACUAUGACGGAGAACAGCCGGGAAGAAAAGAAGCGCUAUGCUUAGACUUCGAAUCCAAAUACUCUACUUUAACACCAUCCUCCAUCGACAUACUGUUCUUCACUGAGACGUAAUAUAGAUCUCCAAAUACCAACUCAGAGAACCUAAAACACCACAACGCUACAAGGCAAUGAUAGAAAUGUUCAGUGAUUCACUUUGGCUGAUUUGUUCCAGUGCAGAUGAACUCAAUGCAUGAUACAACGAUCUUAUGUCCAAGCUCCUAAGCCCCAACAAACAACAACCGAAUAGCGUGUAUUAUAUCGAAAGCAUGGCUUUGGCUUAAAUACCAAGAAACAUCAGACAGAUUCCUCAAAUUAACAACCCACACAGCCAAACGUAGAGGAUCGGGACCCUGAAUAACAAAACCCCCUGAAUUUGAAAUAGUAAAAAAACACACAAAAAACAACAACCCUGAAAUGAUCUGUUUGACUUCCUUGCAAAAAAAGAAACAGAAAAAAAGACAAUGUUACACUUCGUGAAAAUUCGUGACUGUUCGACGUCGUUGUUCUUCUUCGUUAUAUUCCGUGACUAACCUCUGAAGCCAAAAUGUCAAAACUCUUGAAAAAAAAGCUCCGUGACCCGCAAACGAAAACGGCGAUGGGUCCCUGCCUGGUUACUUUUGCAAUACCGCUCUUCAUACCUGGCUUUACGCUAACGCUCGUUGCCUUUCAGGACGAGACUGGGUUUUCCAAAUACAGCGCGCUGCACAUCACCGGAAUGUUCUUCCUGGCCUCGGCAACACUUCUCCUGGUCGUCGGCAUCGCGAUGAAGUGCGCCUGCCACUACAAGGUGUCGCCCUUCGAAAAGAACCCCUCCCCGCGCUUGGUUUCCACGCACCACGCCAAACCACCUUCACAGGACAGACGAAUGUCUGCCGACUCUAUUCUAUUGACCACACACGUAAAGGACAGCAAGCACCACGAUGGCGCUUUCGAGAGGGUUCAGAUUCCCGGCGCCUCGGUCGGGUCCAACGAGAACUUGACGAUCAUAGACGAAAGGACCAACAGCGACAACGUGACGAUCGCCAACGAGACGGUGUCCAUACCAGACGAGACGGACUUCAGACCGACUUACAGUAGCAGCAAGUUCGAAAUGGCGCACUCAGAGAGUCUGAGUGGAGAGUUGCCGUCGCGUAGUAAUAAAGACACACGCGCGUAUGCGGGGACCUCUAAACAGAAGAAAUCUGUAGAUAGGGAUUCUGAACAUAUUAUAAAUAUAAAGUCGCAAAAUGUAGAGAAAACGGGUUUGGGGAAACGUGGGGAUUCCAAAGACAACGGUAAGGAUUCGCGGCAGGAUACACACGAAAUGAGUUCUAGGGAAAGGAACACUUCCACAGACGACGGGGGACGGACUCGUUUUAAAACUAAAGCAGUCAUAAGAGAGACGUUUGCAAAUCUACGAUCUGAAGGGGACGGCGCCGAAUACAAUAGUGUAGACUCGGACGGUGCCCACCUCGCUGUCCGGAGAGGUGAAGGAUUAGAUCCGGGUACUUCUCGGCCAGACGAGGCAGUGCAGCAGAGAACAGGCAUCGCAUGGGACGAUCCCAGUGAAGAGAAGAAGGAGAAAAUUCGGGCCGAUGACUCGAUAUAUUCUGUCAACUUCUUCCCGCCUGUUCCCCUGACUGGGGCACACUCAAUCAGUUUGGUAACCCGCAUUGUGGCAGCUAGCGACGACAAUAGCGAUUACGAAACAGACAGCUAUGACGACAUGGAAUUCUACGAUGACGAAGAAGAAGACAAUGAUGACGUAACGUUGAACGUGAGGUCACAAGGUGGCAGCACGUUGCCGGAAGUCGAGGGGGAAGGAUAUGGAGUGGACAGAUUUAACAAUAUCUGGAGAGGAACCAGUGGGCAGAAUUCCGUGGAGAUUUCAAGUGUGUUGUCUCAGGUAGGAGUGGAAUCGGACUCGGUUUCGGAACUGUAUGACGAAACGGAUGAGACGGGAAAGGUUUGUAGUGAUACAAGUCAAGGACGAAUUAGUGGUGAUAGUUCUGUUGUUUUAACAAGUGAACAGUCAUCUCUGCCAGACAAUGGUCUUCAAAGGACGCAAAGAUAUCAAUGGUCAAAUGACAGAGAUUCAGGCAAAGUAAACGAACAGUGGUAUAAAGAGGAGCCUGCUGUAACAAAGUUUAAUUCAUGAUCUUUUUCUCUCUCUUUUUUUUUUUUUUUUUUUUUGAAGGGGCUAUUCAAAUAUUACGUCACGCUUGAGGGUUGGGUGGGUGUAGGUCCAAAUGUUAUGUAGCGUUACAGGUGGUGAUUGGGUGUACUGAACAGCGUUAUGUAACGCUUUUCUUUCUGUUUUUUUUUAAUUUCUAAAAUCUUCUUGUUUUCUUUUUUCAUAAACGCUCUGUCACGGCGACAAGGUUUAAAGUUGAUAGUUAUAGGUAUACACAAAAUAAUGAUUAUAAAUCGAGUUGAAAUGCGUAUCUGCGCUUUCCCAAAUCGCAGAAGAAUGUGUUAAAAUUAUAUGACACUCAUCACACGACUUCGUUGUGAAUGGGAGAGGGGCACAGGGGCGGCACAGUGUAAAAAAUAGUGGUACGGCUCGUGGUUGCCAGACUCGCCUUUCAAAUUACUUGUAAGGACAUUUUCACAGAUGUAACAAAUAUACACCCCCCCCCCCCCCCCCCCCCCCCCCACCCCCCACACACACACACAAAGCGAAAAGUGGUACGGCCAUGGCCGUCUCUGGGCAUCUCCAAGCGUUACGGGGGAUGGGUGGGUGGGGUGUAUGGUCUAACGUUACGGAACGUUACAGGGUGAGGGAGGGUGUCUAAUUUUGAUAAAAAUAGCGUUACGUAAUAUUUGAACGGCCUCAAAGACAGAAAUAAUAAAACCAACCAUGACAACAUGUGCCUACAUUUAUUAUUAGUUUUGUUUCACUGUAUUUAUCUCUUUGAAUGUUUUUUCGUUGUUUAUUUACAUAGUUUUUUUUUAUUUUAUAUAUAUACAUGUAUUUAUUUUU